UCGCUGACCAGUGGUGCAUUAGUCACUUCACAGACGUCAACUUCUAUAAUUUAAAGUGAUAGCGAAAAUGUCAAGUUGAGUAAGUAAUGAGAGCGUGUAGGGAGUUUAGGGGUUGUUCGUUCCCUUGAGUACGUCAUCUACAUGCCGUUUCAGGUAGAAGGGGAUAUGGAAGAAUACGAACAAGAUUUAUCCGUAGUUGAUGUGUAUGAUAUUGCUUCGGAAAUUGGAAAGGAGUUCGAAAAGAUAAUCGAUGCUUACGGAACGCAGGCUGUUACUGGUUUGAUGCCCAAAGUAAUAAGUGCAUUGGAGAAUCUUGAAGCACUAGCGACGAAAAAUGAAAGGGAAAAUACUACCGUAGAAGAGCUACGGGCAAGGAUCGCUAAAUUGGAAAGUGACAAGCUUGAAAAGGCAGAAGAUCGUCAAAGAUUUGAAAAGGAAUUGGAACAAAUAGAAGAACAUUGGCGGGAAGAGUCGCAAGAUUUGGUGUCUAUGGUAACAAGAUUACAAGAUGAAAAUCACAAACUCUCAGCGUUGUUGGCAGAAAGAGAUGACAAAUUAUGUGGCGAUUCAGCUCAUACAGUAAGCACAGAAGUUGACGUUGUGGUGCUGCAAAGACUGCGUAAUGUGAUUGACCAACAGAGAGAGCAGAUUCGUUCAAGAGAAAGGGAAAUCCAGGCCAAAGCUUCAGAAAUUGAUGCUCUGAGUGCUCAAGUUGAGAGGUUAACAAUGCUGGGACGUGAGUUGCGACGUAAGCACCGGGGAGCGCAAGCUCAGGUGCACUCACUCAUAGAUGAACGCGCAGACUUCCUGGCACAGCUGCAAGACCAGCAGCGUGAGCUUGUUGGCCUCCGGCAGCGCCUUGGGCUUGCCCAGAAAGAAAAUGAAGAUCUUGCCAAGUCUCAUUCUGAAGUGCCAGACCUAACAAAUAAAGUGGUUUAUGAUUUGGAUGAUCCAAACCGGCCACGCUUUACGACUGCAGAACUGAAGGAAAUACUGCAUGAACGAAAUGAACUGAAGGCUAAAGUCAGCGAUCUGGAGGAUGAGCUGGAAAUUUACAGGCCAAAAUCAAGGGACUUCUUCAGCAGUCCUCGGUGGUCAACUGAACAACGGAGUUCUUUCUGUGAUCUCAACACCAAGUCACCUGUGGCAGUUGUUCGACCACAUUUCCCCUCCCCACCACCUGUCUCAGAAUCCUAUUCCAUUCUUGAGAAGGAAACUUUCAACUCAGCAGGGAAAGAUAGCAACUCUUCUGCCUUUCAAUCUCCUAGUGAAGAAGAAGAGGAACCACCAGUACAAGGACCUCUUCCUUUCGAACCUGAUGAUGCUCCAUGGAAGAAAUCUGAAUCUGGAAUUCGGAAAUUUUUUCGGAAGCUCCUUAGUGACAACAAUGGUUCGUUCCUUGGUGCUGCUCCAAAACGAAGUCUUUCAUCACUGUCCAAGAUGGCCCUAUCUAGCACUUCAGAUUCUAACAUACCACUGUAAUAGAGUUGUUGAUCCUUCAUUUACUGCUUUAUUUCCUAGAUAUAUUGUUGAUAUUGCAGGCAAUAUUGAACUCUGCAGGUUUCAUGAAUGAAGAUGUGUGUUUAUUGAAAUUUGAGUGAACGAAAGACCGUCUCAGAGAUAAUCAGAAAUAUGUUCCAACUAUAUUAAUAGCAUUUUGGUCAAUAUCCACUGUCUGUGUUUAGGGAAAUACGGAAUCUAAAAUGUCGUUAGUACUGAAUAAGUAGAUAAGAGUAUUACAACAAAGGUGGUUUAUCUUUUCACACAUUCCUUUCUCUUUUGUUCAGUUGCUUAUUGUUUCAACAAUUUGUUAUGAAGUCAUAAAAAUGCUGUGCUCUCUUGGAUGUUUGUUUUACAAUCAUUUGCCUGGAUAUUCUGCUUAAUUCUUGCUUUUAGAUACUUUUAAGAGUUCAGAGCAUAUAUAUUUUUAUUUAUACGCGUACAUUACUUCAGUGAGUAUAAAACUGAAAAGAAAAGCUGAACCAUUUUAAACUGAUAGUUGGUGUUUUAAAUGUUGCUGCAUGUGUCUGUGGAUUCAUAUCCAUUCCCAGUAUUGUUACUAAAUUGAUAUUUUAUUUAUUUUUUCGUAAAUAUUCAAAUUUAUAAAUACAUCAUAUGUAUCUGUAGAAUAUAUUUCCAGAUAAGUAUGAUAAGACAUUCAUUGGUAGAUCUACUUGAUGACAUGUUUUUAUAGACUGGUUUUUAUAAUUGCUCAUGCAAGUCGGUUUCCUUUGUUCCUGUCAAACAUGAACAGAGAACUUUGUCAUCUUGUAUAGCUGAAAAAACUUUUCAUUUGUCUUUGUUGCAGUUUAAUUUACACAUGUAAACUCAUUUAUAGUUAUGCUGCUACUUUGUACAUAGCAUCAUAUAUUGUAAAUAUGCUAAAUCUCUUUGUGGCAGAAUGUACUGCAGAAGGCUUAAUAUAGAAUAAUUUGUAUAUUGAUACACUGAUGUGAUAACUUUUUUAUCCUUUUGUAUUUUGGAUCUGAUAACUUUAUUUGUGUAAUAUAUGAUUCAGUGCUACUAUUUUAAGUUGAUUAAGUGUGUUGAAAAUAUUAUGGAAAAUAUGCCAUUUCUUUAGAAGAAUGUACACUAAAUUUUGUCAUGGUAUGACAUACACUGCACAUUAGAAUUAUGGUGAGCUGAAGAAGGUGAAUGAUUUUAGAACUUUUUCGUAUAUGUUAUGAUGAAUAGAUAAGACAAGACCUGAAAUAUGUAUUGUUGCAGGUCUCAUAAAAAAUGUUGUACACACACACAAAUAUUUUUCCUGAAAGUUUUGUGAUACAGGGUACAUGAAAAUACUUGAAAUUACUUAAAAUUUGACAUUCGUUUAUUUGGUGUUCUUGCUUUUUUGUUGUGUACAGAUACAGUCUUCAUAUUAAGUGUGCCAAUAACAGUCACUAUUUACAGUUGUUCUAAGGUGGCAGAAACCAACACUUUCUCAUUUGACAGUAAGUCACUCAGCAGACUGUGUGCUGCUAUACGUUUUGGAAUGUUCGACAUUAAAUAAGAGCAUUUAGAGUGAAGUAUACUGAUAGAGAUUGUAGCAGUUUGUUAUAUUUGUUUUUGCAACAAGUGUUUCUGUAAAUGUUAGUGUUAUGCAAGUACUUUUAAGCUAAAUGUUUUACAAAAGAUUUAUCUUUUUGUUACUGGAUACUGAAAAACUUUGGUUGUAUAGGUACUAAAACAGGCAUUUGUGCAAAUAGAAACAGUGAUGGUAGAUAUGUUGUGCAAGAAAGUCCUUUCUUCAGAAGGAUCAAGAUUCUCAUAUCCAAAAAUAAAUGGCAUUUUUCCUAUUUUAAAAUUAUUGAUGAGUUAGAAAUACAAUCUUUUAGAGAAAAUUAUUCUGUACUGAAAAUUUUAACAGAUUUUAUGGAAUUAUCUACAAAUAUACCUGGAAAAAAGGCAAUCCUGUAGAUUUGAACACCCUAUUCAGUGCAUAAUUUCAGUUCUGUGCAUUCAGUCUAACUUGUUUAGAUGUAAGUUGGCUGACCAAAAAUAUAUGGAUGUUAAAAUAA